UGCAAGUUUUGAUCUUCCCCUUCCCCUCACUGCAUUUUGGGAGCAAAGCGAGAAGGUCGAAACAGAACGGCGAGCUAGCGAAUUGAUCAUGCGAGAGAGUCUUGAUCAUCCCUGAACCAGAAGAGGCGACAAUCUCGCUGCGGGUAUCGGAUAGAAAGAGGGAUUGCUAAAAGCUGAGAGACACACGUACACAGAGAUAAAGGGAGGAGAAUAGGCAAGUUGAGUCAUUACUCAACACAACCCUAAUCGCCUCCCAGCACUAUAAUUCUUCGACUAGGAGCUGAAUCUCGCUGCAGUAAUCGUUUCUCGGACUCACAGUCAUCCCAGGUUGCGCCUUGGGAGAUACCUGUUCACUCCAAAAGACCACAAUUUGCGGGGCCAUUCUUGUCCUCUGUUCGAUAGGUUGAAUUUGGUCUACUUGCUCAAACUAAGAUAUUGCUAAUGCCAGUUGAUGGUUGUAUCAAUUAAGUUAUGAAUGAUAGCGAAGAAGAUGAUGAUGCACCUAUUAUUUUUAGGAGGUCAAACUCUUUGUUAAAACAAGGUCACUCAACCUCUUCUUUGAAGAAAACAACUGCUCAAAAGGAUUCCAGCUCUAUUUUUCAUCAAUUUGUGCAAAAUGAUAGCAGCUCACAUAAGCAAAAUGCAACAUCACUCCCUAAGGCAUCUAGUGAGAAGCCUAUGGCAGGAUCAAAUAUUGGAUCUUUGCUACCUGCCCAGUCAACUAAUUCAUCUCAUGAUAAAUUAACAACAAAUGAUAGGAGGCCAAAGCAUGAGGAUGAGCUAUCUGAUUCAGAUGAUGAUAAACCAUUAAGUCAUAGACAUAAUUCUGUUUCAGCAAUAGUUCAGAGAAAAUGUUCUGUGGACUCAGAGAAAACACAUAUACAUUCUUCACAUCUUAUUGUUGAAGGUAGGAGCACUGAAAAGAUGGACUUGGUGGACAAUCCAACCAUAAAGAGUGAGAAUUCUGAUGAUGACAAACCAUUGAGUGUCAAAUAUUCAGGAGUAAUCAACAGAAGUGCCUUUUCACAUGCUGCAGAGGCUCCUCAAAAACCAAAGCCUUCUUCACUUAAAUCCAUGAAGUUGACUUCCAAUACCAGUGAAGAAACAGAUGAUUCAGAAGAUGCAAAACCACUUCUUUCUAGGUUUCAGUCUAAUGUUAUUGGUGUUUCUUCCGCGAAAGUCUCCAAUGGACCUGAGAAGCCUUUGUCUUCUAAAUUGAAGUUAAAUGGUUCUAACAAGAAGGGCAUAAGCAGUAAGACAACUGCUCCCAAAGGUGGAGAAAAGCGACCUCUUAGUGAUGCCAAUCCUGCAGAAUCUUCAUCAAGUAAGAAAGCAAAGCUAACAGGUACCUCUGUUUCUGCCAAAGUUAAACAGGAGGUUUCUGUUAGUAAAGAAAGUAAAGAAGAUGAUAAUGAUCACACACCAAUUGCACAACGAAUGAAGAAGUCACCGUCUUCUAAUAGUGCAUCAAUCAACCAGAAUACAUUGCUGAAAACUGCUAGUUCAUCAUUCAAGAAAAGUAAUCUUACAAUGAAUAAAAAGAGGGAUUCUAAAUUCUCAAAGUCAUUGAAGGCCCCUGUUGGAUCUGGUGGGGAGCAGAAAUGGACUACCUUGCAACACAAUGGUGUUAUAUUUCCCCCUCUAUACAAGCCUCAUGGGAUUAAAAUGCUUUAUAAGGGACAACCAGUUGAUUUGACUCCUGAACAAGAAGAGGUGGCGACAAUGUUUGCUGUCAUGAAAGACACAGAUUAUGCCCUGAAAAAACAAUUUAUCAAAAACUUUAUGGAUGAUUGGCGACUAAUACUUGGUAAAAAUCACAUCAUUAAGAAGUUUGAGGACUGUGAUUUUACCCCAAUAUAUGAAUGGCAUCUAAAGGAGAAGGAGAAGAAGAAGCAGAUGACUUCUGAGGAAAAGAAGGCUGCAAAGGAAGAAAAAUUGAAGCAAGAAGAGAAGUAUAUGUGGGCUAUUGUUGAUGGUGUGAAAGAGAAGGUUGGAAACUUUAGAGUAGAACCACCAGGGUUAUUUCGUGGUCGAGGAGAGCAUCCAAAGAUGGGAAAGUUGAAAAAGAGAAUUAGGCCAACAGAUAUUACCAUCAAUAUAGGAAAAGAUGUACCAAUUCCCAAAUGUCCAAUACCUGGUGAAAGAUGGAAAGAAGUAAAACAUGAUAAUACUGUCACGUGGUUGGCAUUCUGGAAUGAUCCCAUAAAUCCAAAAGAGUUCAAAUAUGUCUUUCUGGCAGCAAGUAGUUCAUUGAAAGGGCAAAGUGACAAAGAGAAAUAUGAGAAAUCCAGGUUGUUGAAGGAUUAUAUACAAGAUAUUCGGGCAAACUAUACAAGAGAUUUUAAUAGUAAAGAUCCAACAAAGAGGCAAAUAUCAGUGGCGACCUACCUUAUUGAUAAGCUGGCACUCAGGGCUGGCAAUGAAAAGGAUGAUGAUGAGGCUGAUGAUGAGGCUGAUACUGUUGGUUGCUGCACUUUAAAGGUCGAGAACGUUGAGUUAGUUCCUCCAAAUAAAUUGAAGUUUGACUUCUUAGGUAAAGAUUCUAUUAGAUACUUAAACACAGUGGAGGUUGAACCACCUGUUUAUACAGCAAUUGGUGAUUUUCGAACUGCCAAAAAGAGCAACGGAAGUAAGAAAGACAAGGUUGAUGAUCUCUUUGACUUGCUGGAUACAAGUAAACUCAAUGCACACCUGAAGGAACUCAUGCCUGGACUCACUGCAAAAGUGUUUCGUACAUACAAUGCUUCUAUUACCUUGGAUGUUAUAUUGAAUAAGGAAACCAGGGAUGGCUCUGUGCCUGAGAAGGUGGCAGUCUAUCAACAUGCAAACAAAGAGGUUGCAAUUAUCUGUAAUCACCAACGCAGUGUAUCAAAGUCUCAUGAAACUCAGAUGUCUAAGUUGAAUGAAAAGAUAAAUGAUUUAAAGACCCAAAGAGAGGAAUUGACAACAGAUUUGAGUAGGGCUAAGUUACGGAAGCCUCCACUUGAAGAUAAAGACGGGAAGCCAAAGAAGAACUUGGCCCCUCAAGCGAUCGAGAAUAAAAUUGCUCAGCUUGAUGCCAAGAUAGAAAAAAUGGAAAUGGAUAAACAAAUAAAAGAGGAUCUGAAAACAGUUGCCCUUGGAACAUCAAAAAUUAAUUACCUUGACCUGAGAAUAUCAGUCGCAUGGUGCAAGAGGCAUGAAGUGCCAAUCGAGAAGAUAUUCAACAAAUCACUACUUGCAAAAUUUACAUGGGCAAUGGAUGUUGAUCCCAACUUCAGAUUCUAGAACAUAUUUACCCCGAUUGAUUCUUACACCGGAUAGAGAAGUUUUCAGCCAUUCAACUCCAUUUCAAGUAAAUUUCAACAAUGCUUCAAGUCGUUUACACAUGCAAUGGCAGAUGUCGCACAACACUCAAAUAUACAUGUACUUUGAUUCACAAUCAUUAGCGCAUUCGAGUUCGUUUCCAUGAUUAAAUUAAAUGUCCAAAAUUGGAUUUCCUUCAUUAGUUCCCUCCGGAUGAACUACCCAUAUGAGUUUCAGUCAUUCUAGACCCAGAAAUGUAGCUCAUUAUAGCGAGGAUGUUAUCUGACUUUGGAACGUAACUUGAAUGAAAACUUUCAUCAUCUUCCUUCUUUUUCAAA